AUGAAUUCCAAAGUUUACAACGCUCUCUGCGCAGCCUUCGCGCUCGCUUACCUACUCGCCCCAGCGCUCCUAUUCAUCCCUGUGAUGCUAUUGGAAGCUUCUCCUUUGCCCUCUGCAUUUUGCAUGGCCAAACCUGCAAGAAGACGCCCCUCCAUGGCGGAAGUGGGUGCAACCCCAUCUCUUGACGUGAGACCAAACGGCGAGAAUCGAGUCGAAGCUCACGAUACUGUGAUGCGUCAGACAAUCCUUGGCCUUGUGUCAAACUGGGUAGGCUCUUUGUGGUCUACUAGUUCACGAACAACGGGAGAACCCUCAGGUAGCUUGUUGAGUGAGCGCCACGGAGGUAUCCCAGGUCAUAUGUCCGUCGAUAAUUCCUCUUCGGAGGAGGAAGACGUUGUUUGUGUAGGAGAGUCUAGCGUGUUCUUUGGAGUAGGGCUUCGGGAAUAUAUUCCACACCUCCUUCCCUUGGAUGAGUUGGAGCGUGGCAUUGAUACAAUGGUGUUCCCAGUUGACGGCGUAGCUGGUACCUGUGGGGAAACCCAUGCUGAUCUCGACGAGGGUGUGUCGAGUGAGCUUGUAGAUAUAUGCGAUGAAGCUGAGGUCAGCGUACGACUCAGAUUCAUCUGUGAAAGAUUUUUCUCAGAGGGUUUUGCAAAUCCAAGACUCCCUACAAGAUUCCUUGACGCGAUGUUGGAAGAGGAGCUCAACGACUCUGAAAACAAAGGUCAUUGCGACUCAUUGACUGAAGUCGCUGAACCAGAGUGCGGUUUGGUUCCAAAGCCAGUCGAGGAGACUUUUGUCUUUGAACAAGAGUCCGUUCAAACCCCAUCGGGUUUGAAUAAUGCUGGCUUGAAGGAUCCAAAGCCAAAGUUUGGGACAGUAGAAGGUCUUGAUGAGGCGUUCGCUUUAUCUUCUUGGCAGUCAGUGAAUGGUUUUUUUGGCGAAUUUCUCUCCACAGGACUUCCCACACCGAUGGAGAUUGACGACGACCUGGCUUGGAGUGAAGUCGUGGAAGUCGAAAAUCCCAUGGAGAUUGAUGAUGAUGUUGUCGAGGUAGUGGUGCCUGACGCUAUUUGUGGCGAAAAGCUCGUGGCCCACACCUGCAAUCCGACGGUUGACGAUUUGCAGCACGUCUCCCAGUCUGCAAAGAAGGAUUGCAAUGCGAACAAGAUCCCAACCUGUGUCCCGCAGCAGGUUGUAGACGACAAGGUGGAACACGACAUGACACGAUUGGAUGCGCCCAUCGCUGUUACUGCGCUGAAGCCUCAGAGUCGCGGUACCAAAAAGUCAGGUGGACUGAAAAAGGGCGGAGAGUCGCUUCCUGCGUCUGUGUCUGGUCUGCUCGCCGACGGGGCAGAGAAGGUUGGAGAGUGCGCUUCUGCGGUCCUAGGACCAAAGGGCCAUUCAAAGACAGCCAAGCCCGCCAGUCAGAGUGGAAAGAAGAAGGCUAAGGACACCGAGGUUGCAACAACGACCGAGAAAGCCUCUGGCUCUCGCGAGAAGCAGCCAAAGGAAACCAAAGCCGAGACUAAGGUCUCCAUGGCUGCAAAGUUGAAAGCGCUGGCUUCCGGCGCUCAUAUGGAGCAGCCAAAGGAUCCCAAGGUUGAAUCUUCCACCAGCGUUGGGAAACCCAAACGUUCUCUUGUCAAGGGCAAGAAAUCGGCAAAGUCUUUCGAUGCGCCAACAAACAACGGUUUGUCGGCCGCCGAAUUCCAGGCAAAGGGUUUCUAA